AUGGUCACUGCUGAGAGCAGUUUGCCUUGGCAAGGACAGUCUUUGCCUCACGUCGCAGAGCUUCAGGACAAGAGACGCUGCAGCGCAGCCGGCUUCGAAGGCGCGCAUGCUUCCAAUCAGCCAUUGGCGGAAGCUCCUGGCGGAAGGGCGCUUCAGGCGCGUGGGCUCUUCAGGCAGGUGGAUGGAAGAAAGGUGCCAGGGCUGAUCUAUUGA